CCUACUUGCAUCAACCCUCGGACCUUCUAUAGUAGAUCUUAUCCAUAUCUUUCUUCUGACAAUACCUUGCCUCGGAAUCCCAUUCAACAAGGAUACUCCAACAUUCAAAAGAGGAGUUAUUCAUCAUAACUCUCUGCAGGAUGCUCGAAAGUAUCUUUUUAAUCAGCGCUUUAGCGUAUACUAUUGCGUAUGCUUCGGCACGUUUAAUCCGGAUCUGCAGCACACGCAUGAAAGUUCCCAUACCAGUGGUAGUCCCAAUCCAAGGUAAGGUGAAGGAAAAGAUCGAUGAGGAUGAAAAUGUCUCAAAAUAUCAAGCUUUGAGAAAUCUACGACAUCAACAUGAAGUUGCGGCCGUCAUGUCAAGACUGAUUGAUGAAGAUGGUGCAGGAGCUUGGCCUCCAAACGCAAAUCAUGAUUCGUGGCCCAUGGCUCUUCGUCCCUAUAAGGAAGUUUACUUUCAGCUAAUCCCACUUCUUUCCGCGGCUCCACCUUCACUAGAUGACGAUGUCAAUAAUGAGAGACGCAGAAUGUAUCGAUCUAUUAUGCGCAAGUCGUUGAUGGAAAAGGUUAAUAUUCCUCAGGUUGUAGCCGUCAUGGCUGCUGUGGAAGCGGGAAAUUGGGAUCUCUUUCCGAGAGAUGCAUAUAAUGGCUUUUAUUGCUGCGUUGCAGUUUGUCGUCAUGCAUACAGGUAUGAUAUCUUCAUUUAAUAACCGAGUAUUUUCUAAGGAUUCGCAGAUGGGCAACUAUUCCUGUCGUCAAGGUCGCUCAGCUAGAGAAGAUCGUCGAAUUUCCAUCUGAGCUCGACGCUCCCUGGCCAUAUCUCCAGCGAAAUUUUGGUGUGAAUGCCGAUGCAGGAAACAAUACAUCGAACGUCUUGCUUAACUUCAACACGAGAGGGGAAAGGAUCUACAGAAUCAAUGUUGGAAUGUCAGACUUAAUAAGAUCAUCCGAGGAAGUUUUCUUCCAAAUGUUCUAUGACCUUGAAGUAGUCGUAAGUCCUCAUAGCCCUCGCUUCCAAUCUACGCGAUCCAUCUCCUCACAUCUACAGGCUUUCCCCAUCUACCAUGAAAUGGUCCUUUCGAUCAUAGCCUACGCCUCCUCUAGCCCAAACACUUGUCUUCCCCACCUUCAUACCAUCAACGCUCGUCUACGCGAUCUCUUUCUCGUUUUUUACGAAAACCUUACCAAAUCUCGCGUCUCGCAUUCCGUCUGGCUUUCCUACAUUCAAGGGUUCCAAGGAUGGGGCGUUGGCAAGAUGGUUAAUGGGGAAUAUGUGAAAUACGAUGGGCUUUCUGGAAACCACGUGCUAUUUUUUCAAGCAUUAGAUGCGUUUUUGGGGAUGGAUAGGUAUCUGAGCGAUGAGAACAUGGAGAGAUAUAUACCAAUUAGGCAAAGGGAGUUAUGUUUGGCAUUUAAGAAAUAUAGUUUUAUUAAAGUGGCACACGACGAAGGGCUCACUGAGAUUGAGGAGGAGUUUGCGAAGAUGAUUAAUCAGCUGAAGGUUUGUAACCCAAUAUCUAGAGUUCAAUUUGAUCACUAUACACCUUAUUCUUGUAAUGGUUCUUGUACUAACAUACCAUCAUCAGGUAUUUCGCGCAGCCCAUCGCGCACGCGUAAUGUCCUAUCUCCAAGAACCAGCCCCCGAACGUCUAGUAAUGACAGCUGGUAAAUCUGUUCUCGAAAACUCAAACACGAAUGGCCUGGCAGAUGCUUUGAAGCCAUUAGAUGAUAUGUUAGCAACUAGGUUAAAAGAAACGGCUAAUGUUGGAGCUGCUUGUGUCAGAGCUUGAUGUUUUUAUGGAAAGACUUGGAAGGAAUCAUGGUAAAAUGGGCUUGGGAUAAAUUUUUGAUUAGACAAAGCGAUAGAAACAUGCGGCAAUGCAACAAAUGGACUUCAGGUACUUU